CAAUAAGCUCUUGACACAAACUUUAAGUGCCACAUGCGCACUGACUGGCUUUGGAGUAACUUGGCCACCCCACCCAGUGUUAUGGAGAGAAGUUCCUGUGUGUGCAUUGAAGUUGGUACCCCAAACAGAUGUUUUUCUACACUGUGGGAUUACUAGACUGGAGGUAUUCAGAGGAAGGUUAGCUUUCCAGACAAACAUGCACUGGUUGUAGGUACAUGCACUGGUAUACUUGCAUCAUCAACAGUUUUGGAGCAAGAAUGAUCAGAAAUACCUAUAUUUCAAUGAAGACCAAAGAAGGAUUUACUUGAAUUCCGAUUGAUUGGAUUUAAAGAACACUGUGGAACUUUUCAACUCAGUUGUGUGGAAAUAUAGCAGUUAACAGUGAGACUGUGAUUGUUGUGCAGUCUGUCUUAAUGCGAGGAACUUGGUGUGUGCUGGUAUGCACAAUACCUGUUUCGGUACAUGGAUGUUGUCACAAAGUGUGCCACAUGGAAAGUACUGCCAGAUUGAAAUGUGAUUUCUUCUUCACUGAAAAGCAGCAAGGCUUUAGUCGAGGAAACUUCUAAUGUAAAGUAUUCCCAUGGGUAACUCACCGGGUAAGCACAACAAGAGACAUCAGAAAGAGUCAAGGAAUGAUGUGUUGUCAUCGGAUAAUGAAGACCAGCAGUGGGAGAGUGGAAACUCAGAUGAUGAAGAGAAAGCCAGUAAAACUGGAUCAGUGACUGAUGGUAGUCAAAGCGGUCAGCAGAAUGGUCGAUCACAGAAUGCUAUCCCAGAGGAGAAGCGGGCCUACACAAUUGUUGAACUGGAAAAGAGACCAGGAGUUGGCUUUGGGCUGACAGUGUCAGGUGGAAUAGACAAAGAUGGUAGGCCUCGAGCCACCAACAUGCGUGCUGGGGGCGUGGCCCAACGUAGUGACCUCCUACAGAUUGGAGAUCUGAUCACAGCAGUCAAUGGCAUCAAGACAGCCAAGCUGAGACAUGAAGAUGUUAUCAAUUUGCUCAAGAAUGCUGGUGAUCACGUCUCGCUGGAGAUAGAGUAUGAGAUACCACCAGCUGUUCAAGACAAUGGAAUCACAGUUACGUCCAAGAACAUGGAGAUCAAAUUAGCUAAAGAAGACGGGAGUUUUGGCUUUGUCAUCAGGGGUGGAGUUAAUGCCAAUCCUAGUAAGACACGUCCCCUCACAAUUACUCACAUCAGGCCAGGUGGACCAGCAGACAGGGAUGGUACCCUGAAGGUUGGUGACCGUAUCCUCUCUGUUGAUGGGAUCAACUUAUCUAGUUUGACACAUAUGGAGGCACUCAAUGCAAUCAAACUCAGCAGCAUGGAUGCUACAUUUCGUGUGGAGUAUGACGUCUCCAUUAUGGAGGCAGUGAGGAAUGCGACGGGUCCGUUACUUGUCGAGGUGGCUAAAACUCCCGGAGCCAACCUAGGAGUGACACUGAGUGCCUUGAAUAAGAACUCCAAAUCAAUCUUAGUCAUUGAUGCUGUCAAGCCAGCCAGCAUUGCGGACAGGUGUGGAGCACUUCAUGUUGGUGAUGAGAUCAUGUCUAUUGAUGGUACCAACACUUCUCAUAUGUCAGUACCCGAGGCUACUCAACUACUAGCUACGUCUUCUGAACAGAUCAAACUGGAGAUUCUACCAGUCAGUCACAUGACCCCAAGACUGACAUAUCCUAGGGAACAUAGACAACCAAAUGCAAGCAAUAUGUCCAGAUCUAUCACUCCUGUCAGCCAUCUGAAUAACUCCAGCUACAACAGCCUGAAUAGAUCACAGGGAACACUCCAGAACAGUCGACAGCAAGCUACAGCACUUAACAGAAAGAUGAGAGCAAAGAAUCUCAAGGCAUCAUCUACAUUAUCUCUCACAUCAACAAUCAACGGAAUUGGAGCAACAACCCAAGUCUGUCGGUCCGACACCACUGAAGUAACUCUAUACUCCCGCAACUAUGACUUCGGAUUCACCCUCCAAGGCGGUGUCUUCACCACAGAGAUUUUAGGUUCACCAGCCAUCAUUGGUUUCAUUGAACCAGGUGGAAAAGCUGAUAGGUCUGGGGUAAUGCAAGUGGGUGAUAGGAUCGUAACCAUCAACAAUAAGUACACCGAUGAGCUGACUAUAGAAGAAACCAAUCAUGUGUUGAGGGAGAGUGGACAGCAAUGUACCUUACUAAUAGAGUUUGAUGUCGCAGAGUCUGUUGUUCCUAGUAGCGGUAUAUUCAGUGUCAAAUUACCAGUGGGUGAUCAAGGCUUAGGCAUCACAUUAAGUGCCCCUAAGAAUCGUAAACCAGGGGAUGCCUUACUGAUAUCAGACAUCAAGAAGGGUAGUGUUGCCCAUAGGACUGGUACUCUGGAACCUGGUGACCAUCUCUUGGCCAUUGAUGAUAUUCACUUGGAAACAUUCUCAGUAGAAGAGGCAGCUCACAUCCUGAGACAAGCCGAUGACAUCGUCAAGCUGAGAGUCAAGAAAGAUGAAACCUUCUCAGAAGAUCCUGAUAUCAGUGGUGCAAUAUCAUUCACGGUGGAGCUGAUACGACACGGUGGACCUCUAGGUAUUACCAUCUCAGGGACAGAAGAACCAUUUGAUCCCAUUGUCAUCUCAGCUUUGACUGAAGGAGGACUGGCUGAAAGGACGGGAGCAUUACACAUAGGAGACCGACUCCUGGCCAUCAACGGAACCAGUCUAAGAGGAAAGACAUUAUCUGCUGCCAUACGACUCUUACAGAAUUCUGGGAAUAUUGUCACCUUGAAGAUCAGUAAACAGGACAAGAAACCAAUCCCUGUACCUGACAAAGCCAUCACUCAGAACAAAGAUGCCCAAGUGAUGCAAGCACACACUAUGCAUCAUUUCAAUCCUGUUGUCUCCAGUAAUAACCCCACAGCACACAGUACACCUAUUGGUGGAACCACACAGGGCUCAGCUGAUUCAUGGGAAGGUUCUGGAUUAGACACUGGAUACCACAGUACCAACAUUCACAACUCACGCUCUAACUCGCGCUCUAACUCACGCACCAACUCCCCUGCUGUCCGUCGGGCAUAUCCUUCCCCAGCCCGUAAACCCACCCGCCAACGACGGAUGCGUUCCUCCUCCCGAUCGACAUCCCCAAAUGAUGCCAGUGAGGAUGAGAUUGAAGAGCGUUACGGCACAGCGAGGAAUCACUCUGGUGCCAACAGCGAUCCCCUGAGCUCAGACCAAGAGGAUGGCUACCGCUAUAACCAUCUGACCAAACCCUCCUCCAGGAAAUCUUCCCUUACAAGAAAUCACGAAUAUCUCAGGAAUAUUGACUCUGGGAUCGUUGCUAACGGCGUCAGCCCAGAAUCCAACUUGAUCAGCCCCGCUACAAGUUACCCCCACAGCACAGCCACCGGUUACCCAGACACGGCUACCAGUUACCCACAGAGUCCAGAGUCUUCACGCAGCCUGACCUACCACUACAACUCGUACAGCAUGCCGGCUGGAACAAGAAUGAUGGAUGGGUAUCGUAUGACAGCCAUGGAAGCAGAGAUCAAUGAACUCCUUGCUGCACCAGCUACUCCGACAGAAAUACACCGAGUCACUUUAUACAAAGACAGCGAUGUAGAAGACUUUGGGUUCAGUGUCUCAGAUGGUGUAUAUGAGCCAGGAGUGUUUGUCAAUACUGUCCGACCAGGAGGACCAGCAGCAAGAAGUGGUAAUGUCAAACCAUUUGACCGUAUACUACAGAUUAAUCAAACUAGAACGCGUGACUUUGACUGCUGCAUGGUAGUACCGUUGAUAGCAGAGUCUGGUAACCAGUUGGAGUUGUCAAUAAGCCGCUCCCAGCCAAGUGAUGGUAAUGUUCACCUCAUCCAACGACCUCCAGCAGGCACGGAGACAAUGUGGCUGGGAUCUCAAGAUGGUAGUAGACAAAGCAAUCAGGAGAACUCAUCACAGCAUACUAUGUAGAAAUGGAAUUGGGCAGAGCUUGGGAAAGUUGAGGGAUCAUAGGAUUCUAUAGGUCUAUAGCAUCAGUGUAGCCUUCUCUCUUAAGAUAUUAGAGAUUCAUUCCAAGCUGUGUACAUGCCCCAUGCUUGUAUCAUUGCUUAGUUCCCUUAAUAAUUGGAAGCUGUUCUUUGCAGCAAUGCCAUGAGGGCAUAUUGUGUGAAAAGGACAUCUAUUUUAAAUGCUGGUUAUGAACAUGCUAAGUUCAUUUUUUCAGCUAUAACAGGUUGGUAUUGUGUUCUGGUGUCAUCUUCUUCAAAUGAUUCUAACAAAGGACAGCCCUGGUUGACUCAGUAAGUACAUUACACCUGUGCCCUGAUACUUUUGGCAGUUUGUACAUUCCCCCAAGGCAUAUUUUUUUGCUUCCCAAGUGCUUUAGACUGGAAGCCAUACUUAAUGCAGAAUUAGGCAAUCUAAACAUGACCUACAGACUUCGUAACCUUUGACCUGAUUGUGAGCCUCAGUGAAUAAAGCAUGACCCGGUAUUAAGUGAGCAAACACCUGGCUAGGCUGGUAACUUAAUAGUCUGGUAACUGUCCCACUCAACAUACGGGUGUAUGUUGGCUGUAUAAAUAUCACACAGUAUCAGGAAAAUUAUUUAGAGAGUUGUCAAAGCUGUCUGUCCUGGACUUGGCCCCCUUUCAUCCUCAGAGCAGAUUAGGUUCUUGUGGAAUUGUCUCCGUACUGAUAUGGUUAGAAACAUCACAGCUGGACAUGUUGGAGUUCAUUUUUCAUUCCAAAAUUGUUCCCGAGCCGCUUUCCUUUUGUUGAAAAAUUGUUCCCCCAUUUAUCCAAAAAAGAUAGAAGAUUGCUGUGUUUUUCUUUUUAAAAGAAAAUUGUGGAAAAAGAAAAAAAAGUCACUUUUUUCAUUUUGUAAUUAUGUGUAUGAUAAUUGAUUUAAAGUUGUAUUCAUAUUAUCACUACUUACUAAAGCAUUACGGAAGUGAAAUACACGUCAGAUAUUUAAUAAUGUCAGAACAGUAUUUGUGUAGUCCUUUGCAUUUUGUGAAUUGUUAGUUUAUUGUGUAUUUUGAAGAGUUUUGUUGGGCACCAAGUAAAAUGUUGUGACAAUUUUUGAAAAUGUGAGAUGGCAACUUUAACCGUGAUGACCUGUGUUCUUAUUCAGAUGAAAACUAUUCUUGUUUAAUGAGUUGUCAUGUCAGAUAUUGACUAGUCAACAUGGUCCACCAAUAUAAUUUUGUGUGUAUUUACUCCGUAGCUUCAUUUGCUGUCAACUUCAGAUCCAGUAUACAUGUAGGCUGUCUGAAAGUUGUGGCUAUGGCUGCCUAGAACACAUACACCUGUAGGAGUCACUGGCUGGCAACUGUUGCAAUUUUUCCAUAGACGCAUUGUUCCAAGCCACAGCCAGUUGAUUUGGACGUACUGUAAUGGCCAAUGAAAUAUAAACAGCACCCUCACUUGACUUUGAUUUGCCAGUAACCAAAAUAGGUGUUUGGGCAUGCUCACAGAAAAAAUGAUUCAUUACCUGUUUGUAUAGGUGCCUCAUUGGGGAGGGGGAAACUCUUGUGAAUAUCUUUUUUGGUAUGGAAAGGCACCCUACAAGUUCAGUGCAAUAGUGUAAUCAUGGAUGAAGUUCUUAAGACUAUCAGGUGUAAUUGUAUCAGGGUACAUGUAGGUAAGACUGAAUGAAAUUUCAGAUUUUUUUUCAGGUUUCUUGUCAUUUACAUGUAAACUUCAAAUAUAUUUGUGCUGCAUGUUUCCUGUUCACUACCAUACAUUGAAUCCAGGAAUUCUUUUUUUUGGAAAUAGUGUUUACCCUCUACCAUUCUCCAUGUUUUUUCAAUCUUGUUUCCCAUUUUGAUGUCAACAUUUUCUUGAGCAUUGCAUUGACUAAAAAUCAUGAUUUUACAAUCAGUUAAAAAUGCAUGGUUGGUAUACAUAUAUCAUAUUUAAGAUAUAUCCUUUUCCUCUUGAUGGUGUAACAGCUUGUUUGGAAGUUAACGCAGCAAUGCAUGUGAGUCCUGUUGUCUAUUUUUAUUCAAGCACAAAAUCAUUUUGGGAAUUCUAUUCCUUUUUGGUAAUAAAUCUUUUAGAGGGUUUCUGUUUCAAUUUAGGGAGGAAAAUGUCAGUUAAAUGACCAGAUCUGAAAUUGAAAGGUGAGAUUGUAGUUGUGUGAUGUGCUACAUCAUCAUACAUGAUAUUAUUGGUCAGGAACUGUGUCAAGUUUGUUCAAUCAUCUAUGUUUACAGAAGCUCAACACGUACUGCAUUUCACAUCACAUCACCUCUUCUAAAAAUAUUCUCAUUGAAUGAGAAGGUAGAUAAGGUAAAUUACAUGUGUCAAUGAGUUGCAGUUCCCAAGAGGUGUUCAACUUCACCCAUGAAAUCUGCAGGUGUGUUUGUCGUAACCAAAAAAUCUCUUAUUUACAAGAGUAUGGGGGGUUUCACAAAAGUGUGCCUCCAAAAGUUUGCAAUGCGUUGGCCAAUCACAAUGCGCAGUCAACCCAGUGCAUGUUUGGAAAGGGUCGACAGAUUUUGCGAGUUGUGAUUCACCAACGCGUAGCAAACUUUGGGAGGCGUACUAUUGUGAAUUGCCUGUAUUGUUGGCGUAUUUAAUGGUGUAGUUCACCACAUUUGUUAAGGGAUGCUUUUUGGGAUUUUGGAUCAGAAAGUUUAAGCAAUUUGUACCAGUAAGUGGAUUUGUGUAGGUUGAUUGUAUGUGUUCAAAUCUAGGUAAUGCCCGGAAUCCACAAUGUGACACCUACAAGUUCUUACUUGAAGUUGAUCUUGGCUGUUCCCUUUUCUUUUUGGUAUGCUACUAGUCUAAGUGCUACUUUUCCUCUUAUAUUGGUGCUAGUAAGUUCAAUUUACAUGUCAGACUAAUUAAAGUCUUUAUAUGGUUUGUGUAUCACACACACUUGAAAAUAAGGUUAACUUCUUGUAUACAUGUAUUUACCAUCUUUUUUUUUCAUAGCCAAAUUUCUUCAGUGUACAAAAUGUGUUGUCUUCACUCUCAUGGAGGAGAAAAAAAAUGAUUUGCAGUAUUAUUUCUGCAAAUCUUUCUUUUAGGUUAUUGUAAAUAAGCAGAAUAUUUCUAUGGUUAUUUUCUAAUUUAUUUUGUUAUACUAAAUCAGAUGCAUGGAAUUACCAGACCAGUGGAGAGAAAUAAAUCAGUGAAUAUCCAAACUUA